UCUACCCUCUGCAAGGCAUUUUUAGUUGCAGCUUAAGCAAUGGCCGUCUCCCUGGUGCUCCCAUUCACCCUGCUUCUCUUCGGCAAUUUCCUCCUCUCCGGACUCUCCGGACCCUCCUUGGCUGAGGCAGAGGCUGCCGUGGAGCUGAGAGAGGCAGUCCUGACGCUGGAUGCCGGCAACUUCUCGGACGUUGUGGCGAAGCACCCGUUCAUCGUCGUCGAGUUCUACGCGCCGUGGUGUGGCCACUGCAAGCAACUCGCUCCAGAGUACGAGAAGGCAGCCGCCGUUCUGAGGAAGCACGACCCGCCGGUGGUGCUUGCGAAGGUGGAUGCGUACGAGGAGAGGAACAAGGAGGUCAAGGACAAGUACCAGGUGCACGCGUACCCCACCAUCAAGAUCAUAGAGAAUGGAGGGAACAACGUACGUGGCUAUAGUGGUCCGAGGGACGCAGAUGGCAUCGUGGAGUACCUCAAGAAGCAGGUCGGCCCGGCUUCUAUCGAGCUCAGAUCAGCGGAGGAGGCCGUCCACGCCAUUGGUGACAAGGGAGUGGUUCUUGUAGGAAUUUUCCCCAAGUUUGCCGGUGUGGAUUAUGAGAAUUUUAUGGCCAUGGCAGAGAAGAAACGAUCAGAUUAUGAUUUCUUUCACACGUCAGAUGCUAGUAUUCUGCCGCGUGGUGAUCAGGCCGUCAAGGGCCCAGUUGUUCGUCUCUUUAAACCAUUUGACGAGCUCUUUGUUGAUUCUCAGGAUUUUGAUAAGGAUGCUCUUGACAAAUUUAUUGAGGUGUCUGGAUUCCCUACAGUAGUUACCUUCGAUGAUGAUCCAACAAACCAUAAGUUUCUUGAGAGAUACUACAGUACUCCUAGUGCCAAAGCGAUGCUUUUCUUGAACUUCAGUGACGACAGAAUCGAGGCCUUCAAGAGUCAGAUUCAAGAAGCAGCCAAGCUAUUCAGUGCAAAUAACAUAAGUUUUCUAAUUGGUGAUGUUGAAACCGCUGAACGUGCCUUCCAGUACUUUGGGCUCAAAGAGAACGAUGUGCCCCUCCUUUUUGUGAUUGCACAGGGUGGGAAAUAUCUCAAUCCAACUAUCGAUCCUGAUCAAGUUAUACCCUGGUUGAAGCAGUACAUAUAUGGAAACUUGACGCCUUAUGUUAAGUCAGAGCCAAUCCCAAAGGAGAAUGACCAACCUGUUAAGGUUGUCGUGGCUGACAGCAUUGAUGACAUUGUUUUCAACUCUGGCAAAAACGUACUGAUCGAGUUUUAUGCUCCUUGGUGUGGACAUUGCCGGAAGCUGGCCCCAAUCUUGGAGGAAGUUGCAGUCUCAUUGCAAGACGACGAAGAUGUCGUCAUUGCAAAGAUGGAUGGCACUGCAAACGAUAUCCCUACCGACUUCGCGGUCGAGGGAUACCCGACGAUGUACUUCUACUCGACCACCGGGGACCUCUAUUCGUACAAUGGUGGGAGGACAGCGGAGGACAUCAUCAGCUUCAUCAAGAAGCACAAGGGCCCCAAAGCUGGUGCGGCGGACGAAGUGGCACAGACAGGAGCUGGCGGUGUAGAAGAGGGCAUCACAUCUUCAUCACCGUCAGAGAUUCUGAAAGACGAGCUCUAACCAAGAUGCCGUAUGCAACUAUUUAUCCUUCUUUGUUGUUCAGUAACUCGUCGAUCUGUUCUACGCCUUUUGCUUAGAGGCAUCUCGUAAGAAGUAGAGAAGCGCUCUGCAGACCACAGAUUACACGGUGAGAAUGUUCAUGGCAGUUGUGGUAUUGUGCACUGAAACUCAUACGAGGUUCAGGAGAAAACAGUUAUAAGUUGGCAUAAAUUGUCUUGGAAACCAUUUGGCAGUGCUAAA